AUGUUCAGCCGACGGGCGUUCGACACGUACGAGAAUCUGUUCAUCAUGUUCAAGAUACCACUGCUCGACAGCUCACUCUGCCUCGCGCAACAGUUCGAUUGGCAGGCGGAGCAUUCGCCUCAUCGUCCGCUCUUCGAUUAUGUCAACGACGACGGAUCGCUCGUAUCAAUCGAUUAUGCGACGGCGCAGUACGCUGUCCAUCGUGGUGCGCGGAGCGUCCUGUCCGCGCUAAAGGAGGCAGGCAUAUCGAAGACGAAGGAGAAGCCAGUCGUGGCAUUUGUUUCUGCCGCCGAAUCCAUAACAUACGCGACAUUCGGCGGCCCAGACACGGGAACUUAUUAA